AUGGGAAGUCAGGCGAUAAAAGGAGUUGAUCAAACACGAGCUCAAUGGUAUUGGAAAUCAAAUUCUGAUCCAUGGUCAACAAAUGGAAAUGAAGAAUGGACAAAAUAUUCUGAUAUCGAAUCAGCGAUUAUCGAAGAAGCAUUUAAUCAAAAGAAUAAAACAAAACUAGCUGAACUGGAGAAUUAUUCGAUUAACUUAAACGACUGCAUUCAAAUCAGUAAAUCGGAUCCAAAUGAACAAGGGCAAAUAAAACGGGUUCUAACUAGUAGAAAUGAAAGUCCAGGUUUAAGAGAAGAAAGAUUCUUUCUCCCACCAGCAUUAAGUAAAACGUUCAACGAUGACAACGGUUUAGCCGCUAAUAAUUUUCUUUCACGGUGGAGGGAAGACAAGGAACUUUCUGAUGCUGAAAUAGUAGAGCAUGCAGCGAAUGGGAUAAUUAUCGAAGGAAAACAACUAGACAUAUCGUCACUUUCCCAUUUCCCCGACGAAGAAGAAGUUCUACUACCGCCAGCAACCAUAUUUGAAGUAUUGGAAGUCAAGAAAACCACAAACAAAACCCAUGUUUAUUUGAAACUACGGCAUCCUGGUUAUGAUGGUGGUUAUGGUGAUCUUGAUGUUGAUGGUUUGUGA